UGGUGUGCUGACUUGGGAAACACAGAUGACUGAUAGCAGCUCUCUCAAGCAAGGAGGUUCAGCAUUUCUACUCUCUCCAAGAAGAGGAAGCUAGAAGCAGCAACAAGAGCGUUAGCAGCAGCAGUAAUAAAAAAGAACAUGAAGCUGAAGGGCAUGGCUAUAGUCUUGGCUGUGAUAUUCUAUGCUACAGUUAUUCAAGGCCUCCCCAUGUUCAAAGGUGGGCGUUGUCUUUGCCUAGGCCCGGGAGCAAAAGCAGUGAAAGUGGCUCACAUUGAGAAAGCCACCAUAAUGUACCCCAGUAACAGCUGUUACAAAAUGGAAGUGAUUAUUACUCUGAAAGCACAGAAAGGCCAACGCUGCCUUGACCCCGGAUCAAAGCAAGCAAGCUUCAUAAUUAAGCAAGUUCAAAGAAAGAAUAAAGAAGAAAAACAUAAAGUCCUGGAAAAGAGGAUCUGAAGUCUAGAAUAGCCACUCAGGAGGCUGAGGAAGUCUGAGAUCAUCAUGUAUGCUACAACUACAGUUUCACUCAAGUACCAAGGAGAACUACUUCUUAGAAAUCCCUGCAUGGUAAUCCUUGCAGAGGUAAUUGUUUGGUGAUUCUCAAUA